GCACUGGGAGGGGCUAUAGCUACUGCAAAAUUCCCUGUAGCCACCUCUCCCAGCACCACUGUCUGCUCAGACCCCACCUGCUCCCAGCGCAGCCCUGGCCCAGCUGCCCACCAAGAAGAGGCUGGCACAGCCCCUGGCCCUGAGCCCAAAGUGGCCGGCCUGCCCUUGUCCCACGCACAAAUCCGGGGUGGGACACGUGCCCCCAUGUCUCCCCUGGGGAUGCACACAGUGGUGGGGACUCGCCUCAACUCUGCACCCCCUGGAUGAGCUGCCCAGGGCUCCAGGGUCAAUUUGCCCUGCCCCCACAUCCCUUUCCUCCCACAGACUUACUGGUCAGAUGCUGCACUCCAAACUGUUGGGCUGCAUUCCUGGCUGUGGCUGCACGCAUGCACACAGCAUUUAUUGGUGACAUUAUUGGCUACACUGGCCAAAAAAAGCCAAUUGUUGAUAAUGUUAAUUUUUCUUUCAUCAGUGCUUGUCCAAUAUGGACUGAUAGAUUGGUGCACCUCUAACCUGCUCUAAUUUGAAGGUCUUCUGCAAAUACAGAGUUGCCUAUGCAGCCUCUGUUACGUCCUCGUAUCUGUGUUAUGUGUACAGCUUAAUUUCCCCAUUUGAACUCCAUAUCUAUCUCCAGCUACGCUUUUAGUUCUUGAGACCUUUUUCCAUGAGUUUUAGCAGGCCAGGUUUCAUGCAUUAAUAGCUGCCAUCAGAUACUUGCUCAAGGAUCUGUACCCCCUGCAGCUUCUGCAUCCCGUCAUCAUUGUUUCUUCAGGUUCCCUUCACUGCUGCCUCCAUCAUCACCAUCAUUUUAUUUUAUUUUAUUUUAUUUUUUUACUUUGUCCUUUUAAAGGAAAAACAAAUGCAUCCAUAAUUCCUUGUUUGCUUGCUGCCUGGCUCCUUAAGUCUUUUGCCCAUGUUUCUCCUGCCCCUUCAUAUAGGCUCAGCAGUUAAUUGUCCCUCUGCUGUGAUUAAAAGUAGUUAGCCUCUCCUCACACAGUGACCUACAAGGAGUCUUAUUCACAACACACAGCCUCCAAACAGAGUCUGCAAGUACCAGAAAAAAGGACUGCUUUUUCACUAAGGACAAAUUACAUAGAAACAUUCUUCUUUGCUGGCUUCUAUCAACACUGGGCUCUGCAAGUUUAUUUCUGUCAUCCCCCUGUCACUGGGUUGAUUGCACAUAUGAAUUGUCCAGUUUCCAAAUGCAGUUGCGAUAUACCUACACAAUUAAGCACAUGAGAAUUUUUAAAAAACAAGUCUUUAAUAAUUUUAGGUUAGUCAUCUACAUGUUAAAAAUAAACUAGUGGAGCAUCAGCCUUUGGUAACCAGAAUCAUUAAUGUCUUUAUAAUCUAAGCUUCCCCUCUCCCUCAUCCAGGUAUAAUGUUCUAUACUUGAAUAAGUAAAGAAGACAGUGAGUGGCUCUCUUUCCCCUAAAAAUCAGCACUCUCUCUCACUCGCGCGUGUUCAUUUGGAAUAGUGAAAUCCUAGUAGAGGUACUUUAUAAAGCUUAAGCUUUUCUAAAGUGGUAAAGCAGCUUUUAAGUUGCCACUGGAUACAGAGCCUCCAUGUCUCAACAUAAAACUGAUUUUACUUAGGCACACUUGCAUAAAAAUAGGAUGUCAAGUUAUAUUGUUUCAAAGUUAAGCAAGACCCAAGUAUGUCUUACAUAUGGUGAUAGUUUUUCAGCUCUUCAGUUGUCUGUGUGGGUUUUUACAUGCCAUUUUUUCAGUCACUGCACGGAUUUAUAUUCAGAAAGUUGGUGGUUGUGUUUAAAAAAUAUCACUGAAUUUAUUUUAUAGAGUGGGCGUAUGAACGUAACUAUUUGCUGCUGUACUGUGGUAUGGUGUUGUCAGAUUUUGUAUUUGUUUUUGUUGUUUUGCUAAACAAUUAAAGAAGAGGGAAAACAUAAAAUACUCUAUCUUUAAAAAAGAACUGAUUUUUUCCUUUGGGUUUGAGAGCAAUCAAAAUUACUUUUGUCGAGACUCUGAGUAGAAAAUCCUGAAUAUUAACCCCAAUAUGUCAUUCUUAAAUGUUCCUCAAGACAUUCCCUACUUUAGUAGAAAAUAUCAGUCAAAUAUCAGUCAAACAGCAGGGUUUUUAAGGGUUAAAAUUAUGUUAAUAAUAUGAUUAAAAGCCAUGAUUUUUAGGAGAAGGCUGCAUGUGGUCUUGGGGGAUAUUUUUCUCUUGAAAUGAACUAUUUUGCAUUUUUCAUACACUUCCAAGAUUUUCAGCAGCAAAUUAGAAUAUACAUAAUUCAUUACAGUUGACUUAGAAGUAUAACAAAAAUAUUUUAAUAAUUUCUAUUUCUUUUAAAGGAUGUAAGGUGUAUUUUGAAGGAAGUGAUUUGCUCUAUUCUGCCUUUCAGCAAAAUGCUGGUAAUAUUAAUGUGUACCUAUUCUGUGAGAGUGUGUAUGUGUUUCUUUUAUUUAUUUUUUUUAACUAACACGUGAAAAGUUUUAAAAUAGCCAAUUUUGUGAUAUCGAACCAUGAAACUACAGAGCCCUUGGAAAGCAUGAGUACAAAAAACUCCUACUGUCUGUCUAAUAGGCAAUUACUAACCAUUGUAAUAUUUUAAUAUAGGUAAAUAGGUAUUGGUCAAUGGAGACUAUGCUAAAUUUUUAAUAAGACUCACCAAGAUCACUAUGGUUAAUGAAGAAUAGUUUUUCUGUUACUAAAAACCUCAUUUUUAAUACUUUUAUCCUUUACCAUAAUGAAUAGUGCAUAUUAGCAAAUAAAAUAGUAAUCAAAUAGUAAAUAAAUAAUAACCAAAGGAUACAUCCUAACUUUAUACUUUCACUUGGAUUUAAACAAACUGUAGGCAACACAAUAUAUUUUCCAUGUUUGAUAUACGUAACAGAUUGGUAAUUUAAAAAAUAGUUAAAUUAGAUAUUUCUUAUAUACUUUAAACUUCUAUUGAAUUACAGAAAUACAGGUUCCAGAUCGUAUAAACAACUGAGACAUCUGUCUAUGGCUGUAUCUAAGCUCAGAAAAAUAGGGGAUUGUUUGAGUUUUUUUAAAUCUGUGUUCUCAGUAUUAACUAGCAUGGUUUGGCAACAUGAUUGGACAAGGGGAGGAAUCAAAUGCAUGUUAGUUGGUCAUAUUCAACCCUAUGCUCAACUUAAUUCUUAGUUAGACAAUUAACUCUCAGUUAGCCAAUAUCUCCUAUACCAUUAAUUCCUCUUGAAUUACCAAGAGCUGAACCAGAAAGUCUUUGGAACACACUGAAGACUCUCUUGGUCUGAAUGACCAUAUCAGGACUCAAAGUUUGGAGUGUGGUUUGAAAUAUUUUAGAGAUGGGGAAAAGAAAACCUGUUCUUUUAGAGUAUAACAGAAAUAGUUGCAUUAUACAAAUUUAGGUUGGCUUCCCCUUUGCUGUGUGUAAGGGAGCCUCAGACUAGCUAGAAAACAGUAUUUUUAGGGCAGCAACGAUUCAUGGCAUGUUCUUUACCUAACCUGAUUUCUGUUCCUUUAGAAGAAGCAGCAUAUAUGUGCAGGUUACAACACUUGAUAUUUCUCUUGGUUUGAGCUAGAGGACAUGUUUGUGUCCAGAGAAUGGGCCUGAUUAAACAAAUUCCAAGCACCCAGUGCUCCUCUUUCAACUUUUGUGUCACAGAUGGCAGUGAGUUGCCUCUUGUAAAAGCUUUUUUCCCUCAACAAUAAAAGAAAAAGAACAUAAUUCCCAGAACCCCAGUGUUAAGUAUGCUGCAGGAAGAGCAACCUCCUUUGUCUCCUACCUGUCCUCCUUCCAGGGAUUAGAGCACCAUAGACACUGGAAAUAAGGAAAUUCUGGCAUGUUUGCGGGGCUGAGGGACACUAACUGAAAUCUGCCUGUUCAGUGCCAGCAGUGGGAAGGUUUGCCUGCGAUGUCGUCUCACUGGCUAUAGAUAGCAAAGUCAAAGCUCCUUAGAGAGAAACCUCUUACCAGUCACUUUCCACGAAUGGUACAUACACCUAAAGGUACUUAGUGAAAAUCCUUGAGAGGUAUUUAAUGCUAAAUCAGUUUGUCUUCCCAGCAUCUCUGAAACCCACACGCACACAGGCAGAGAGAGGUACCAGGGCAGCAGCAGCACAGCACCAGGACCAGUCAGUCACAGACCCAGCCAGGCUUUGCCACCCCAAAAACUCGCCAAGAUGUGUGACAUGGCGGGGCUGGAUAACCUGAUCGCCAAUACAGCAUACCUGCAGGCCCGGAAGAGCACCGAUGGAGAUGCCAAGGAGAUUCAGCGGAGACGUAGGAGCCUCUCACUACCCAAAGCUAACCAUGAGAUCAGGCAGGCUAUUCCUGCUGAUUAUGAGAGCACCUGUGAAGUGCAGCCCAUUGGCAAGAAAAUGUUCAGGGAGUUCUUAGAGACUGUGCCUGAAUAUGUCAUAGUCAAGAACUUUCUGGAUGAAGUAUCCAGAUGGGAAGUGGCAGAAGACAGCACCAAGAAUAGUAUUGUAGACAGCCUAUUCACUAACUUUCUCAAGUCUGGCUCCAGUAGCUACCUGGCCUUCAUAAGCUCAAACCUGGCCAGCAAGUGCCAGGAAGCCACUGAAAAGGAUUAUGAGAAUGUUGUGGAGCUGGCCAAGCGGGAGAGCAAGACCUUCCUCCAGGACAAGCCCUUUCAGGAAUUCCAGAAGAGUCGCUUCUAUGACAAGUUCCUUCAGUGGAAAGUUUUUGAGAAGCAGCCAGUAAAUGAAAAGUAUUUCUAUGAGUACCGGGUGCUGGGCAAAGGCGGCUUUGGAGAGGUGUGUGCCAUCCAAGUAAAAAACACUGGCAAGAUGUAUGCUUGUAAGAAACUAGAUAAGAAGAGGUUAAAGAAGAAAAAUGGGGAGAAGAUGGCUCUGCUAGAGAAGGAGAUCUUGGAGAAGGUCAACAGUCGUUUCAUAGUCUCCCUUGCCUAUGCCUUUGAGAGCAAAAGCCACCUAUGCUUAGUCAUAAGUCUCAUGAAUGGAGGGGAUCUUAAAUACCACAUCUACAACAUUGGUGAGAGGGGCUUGGAAAUGAGCAGAGUCAUCUUUUAUUCAGCUCAGAUCACCUGUGGGAUUCUGCAUCUCCACUCCAUUAACAUCGUGUAUAGGGACAUGAAGCCAGAAAAUGUCCUUCUGGAUGAUGAUGGCCACUGCAGAUUGUCUGACUUGGGCUUGGCAGUGGAAGUGAAGGAGGGGAAACCCAUUAACCAGAGGGCUGGAACUAAUGGUUAUAUGGCUCCUGAAAUUCUGAUGGAAGAAAAUUACUCCUUCUCUGUGGACUGGUUUGCUAUGGGAUGUAGUAUAUACGAGAUGAUUGCAGGUCGAACUCCAUUCAAGGAUUUCAAAGAAAAGAUCACUAAGGAUGAAGUGAAAAGAAGAACCUUAGAAGAUGAGGUAACAUUUGAGCAUCCAAACUUCACAAAAGAAGCAAAAGAUAUUUGCACACUGUUCUUGGCUAAGAAAACAGAGAAUCGUUUAGGAAGCAGAAACUCAGAUGAUGAUCCAAGAAAACACAGUUUCUUCAAAACAAUACAUUUCCACAGGUUGAAUGCAGGCCUGAUAGACCCCCCUUUUGUGCCAGAUCCAUCAGUUGUCUAUGCCAGAGAUCUUGCAGACAUUGCUGACUUCUCUGAAGUGCGAGGAAUCGAAUUUGAUGAGAAAGAUAAGAAGUUCUUCAAAAAGUUUGCAACAGGUGCUGUCCCUCGAGCCUGGCAGGAAGAAAUUAUUGAAACAGGACUGUUUGAAGAAUUGAAUGAUCCUAACAGGCUAGAUACUGGAGGAUGUGCAAACGGAGGUGAAGUUAAAUCAGGAGUUUGUGUGCUGUUUUAAAUAUCACAUCAUUAACAAAAGGUGUUAAGAUGCACCAUGGAACUUUCCAGAUUCUUGCAGUAUUUCAAAAACUCAGCUAAGCUGUUAGACAAAUCCCAGCUGAUUUAACAUGGGACAUCAACAGGACAAGUUAGGACCCUAAAUUGAAUAGACAAUAUUAAUUAAUCUUGUUCUAACAAAAGAGAUAAUGUCUUUAUUCCACUGGAGACUAUCAAGAUGAAAACUCAUGUUUAUUUUAAGAAAUUUAGGAAUAUAUCAAUCCACCAGUGUUCCUGUGAAAUGCAUACUACAAUGACAUAGUCGGAAGGCACCUGUUUUAAAAAUAACUGAGUCUGACAUUUUUAAUAUACUCAUUUCCUGUCUUGAUUUCUUUCCCUCUACAUCUUUUUCUCUUACUGGAUCAGUAGAUAUAUUAAUGGAUACCGUAGUCUAAAUAUAGUUUUAUUUGUUCUUAUACAAAAAUUGAUGCACUUCUGUUUGUAUUUCUAUUUUUGAACAUCCUGAAUUGAAUUAUUUUGGGACUCAUUUCUGCAAAAAAAUUGGUAUUAUGUCAAGUGCUUGCUACCUAGAGAGGUCCUAGUUACUACUCACAGCAGUAGUUUUUCUCUUUCUUAUACAGUUUUCAGUAAGUUUUUAAAUUUUGAAAUAAUAGUCUCAGUGAUUAGACAAUUCAGACCUCAUGCAUCACAUCAAACUUAGGGAUCUCAUUGGCUAUCUAAAUUUAUUGAUUUCUUCUAGCUUGUAGGUGGUUCAGUUGUGAAAAUUCCAGGUUCUUCUUAUUGUAGAAGGGUUUCACAGUCGACAGAAGUGAGGAUUUAGUUCAAAUUCUCCUUCAGGUUAAUGUCAAUAGACUGAGGGUGAUAUUGCACCAGUGAAAUUUAGAGCAGAAUUUGACUGUUAUUAUAUAAGAUUAUACUAUUAAGUAAAUAUACCAAGUAUAAAGAAAUAGUAAUUUAUUGGUGAAUGCAGAUUCUUUUUUGUUACCAAGUUUAAACUUUCUAUCAGGUUUCCUGAUAAUGUAUCUGUAUUUUGGUGAAUCCUGUAGUUUAAAUUAAACUACAAAUAGAUCUCACCAGUUUGUAACUGGCUUUCAAAAUGAAAACUGUCUAAAUACAUAAGAAAUGUUAAUUCAAUAAGACACAAAAAUAUUGUACUAUUUUUAUAAGUGCUUUAAAGGUGGAAAAUUAUGUAUAUAUUUAUACUUUUAAUCUAAAUGUAUAGUUUACUAGUUAUUACAAAGUAUUUGAUAUA